AUGGUUUGCCCCAACAUGCACUACCAGAUUGCGUGGUCAACGUUGGGCGAGUUCCCAACAUUCGAGCCCGCCAGCUUGAGUCUUUGGGACUACAUACGAGCCUUGGAGGAAUCGAAGGACCUUGAAUCAACAGUUCCCGCCGCCGCCAACCCCCUUAGGUAUGACAUUGGAAACUGGCUCGGGCAUUUUCACAACUGGGGCUCAGAAGAAUAUGUGGUUGAGAAACUUCAGGGAAUUGCGAGAGAUCCAGAUGUCGUCGACCAGCAUUGCAACUCCAUCUCCAAAAAGCUAAAGGAGGCCAUUCAUCAGCUUCCUAAAGGCACUCAUGGCGCUCAGAAAAAUUUGGACAAAGUUCUUAGCCUGAUAAGGGCAAACUAUGCCAUUCCCGGGAAGAAACGAGCGUUUCAAAUUCUCAAUGGCAAUUUUGACCUAGUCAGCCUCCAUAUCAUGUACUUCCCGCUUGAUAAGCGGGACCACCCAAAACAUGUGCCAUCUAUUUACGUCGCGGAUUGGCGUGAUUUUCGUGAAGGGCAUCCUGCGUUUGACCUCGGUUCGUUGAUGGCCGACUUGGUUGUACUCUACGAGCAGAACACCACACUCGCGGGUGAUGUGGCCCAGGGAUUCACUCAAGGAUAUUUUGCCAAGGUCAAGAACAGUAGUUGCCUGAACAACAAGUUCAUGUUCCACGUCUUGGUACACAUUGGAGUGUGCAUGAUUAUACGAUGCCGUGGUCUUUUGGAGGAGAGCGAUGACACCGGCAAAGACAAGAACACCGGCAAGAGCAAGACUACCGCCAAAAGUAAGAAUACUGCUAAAGACAAGAACAAUGGCAACCAGGGAGGAAACGGCAAUGGCAAUGGUACUGACAAUGAUCAUGGCAAUCCCAAACACCCGACGAACGACAAGAGGGUUCGAGGACUAUUUAAAUAUGGACUCAUGAUUAUACGUCAUGCUAUACUUGAAGACAGAAAAUGGUUUCUGGAUAGGCCUCUUCUAUGUCAUCUUUUUGACGUAUCCUAUUCUAAAGAUCACCCUGGGCCCGACAAGUGGGAGUUAGCUAGGAGAUCCUCCGCAGAGAAGAGUGGUGAUCAAGUGGUGGACAUCUGCUUCCAAAAAUUCAUCUCGCAAAAAUGCAUCAAACAAAUCGGCCUGCUCAACAAGGACGUGCGCUCCUCCUCCUCUCAAUCCCUCUCUGCCUACCAUUUGUCUCAGAAGAACUCGGGCCCCCCGCAGGCUUCUUCCCGCCGGUAUCUGUUGGGACUAUCGCUGGGCGCCAGCUCGGCAGCCUUGUUAGAGUUGUUGAAUGAGAAUGUGGAGUUUCAGCUCUCCAAGGGGAGGAAUGCGCCUUUUGAGUUGCAAGUGGUGCAUGUGAGUGGUGCUGGUGCUGGUGCUGGUGCUGGUGCUGGUGCUGGUGGGGGACUACUGGAGGAUGAUGGGAAGGGGCAGGGGAAAGGGAGGACAACAACAACAACAGAGAGGGAAAAGGUGGAAGAGGUGGUGGUGAAGAGGUUGGGGAGCAGGUAUCCCAGGUUCGAGUUCCGAGUGGUUUAUUUGGAGGAGGUGGUUGGGUUGGAGACGGUGGAUUGGGAGGGGUUGGGGUUGGGGGAUUUUGUCUCGUCGGCGAAUGAAGGUGGCAGGGAUGAUGAGAACGACUUGACGACGACGACGACGACGACGACGACGACGACGACAAAGGCGGAAAAGCUACAGCAACUCUUCGAUAACCUCCCCUCUACCACCUCCCGCACUGACCUCCUCCGCCUCUUCACACGGCACUUACUCAUCGCCGAAGCGCGCAAAUCCCACUGCCACGCUUUGCUCUUGGGAAGCAGCACCACCGCCUUGGCCGAGUUGACGCUGUCCGAGACGGCCAAAGGGAGAGGGUUUUCGUUGCCGUGGCAGAUCAAUGAUGGAGUGUUGGGUGUUCCUUCUUUCAGCCCUUCCUCCCCUUCCUCACCUUCGUCCGCCGACGCUGGCAAGACAAAGACGGAGGAGACAGGAAUGCUGGUGUACCACCCCCUCCGUGACGCUCUCCGAAAAGAGCUGGUCACUUUCACGAAACUUGCCGGCGAGCCAACACCGAUUGCGGAUUUACUUCCCGAGACGGAUUCGUCCACGACAACAGCAGCGGUGGUUUCUCACAAGGAUUUAAGCAUCGAUGAGGUCAUGGUUCGGUACUUUGCGGAGGUGGAGGAGAAUUAUCCGAGUAUUGUGGCGAAUGUGGCGAGGACGACGGGGAAGUUGAUGAGGUUGUUUGGUGGUGCUGGUGUCGCGGAUGAGGAUGGGGACGGGGAAGGCGGUAAGGCAGCGGGAGAAGAUGAAAGUGAGGAUAAUGACGAAGAGAGGUUGUGCGGGCUGUGUAGUAUGCCGCUUGAUGUGCUUGGAGAUGAGCGGUGGAAGGGAGAGUUGGGAGAGGAUAGUUAUCGGGAUGCUUUGGUGGUGGAUGAGGGAGCGAGGAAGAUGAAGCAGAGGAUAUGUUAUGGGUGUGAGAGGUCGAUUCGGGGGUAGUUCAUGGUGUCUGGCGUCUUGCCAUGGGACAAGGAAGAUAGAGAGCAUUCGACUGGCGUAGAAGGAGAUACCAUUAGACAUUUUGCAAGGUAUCGAUAAGCUAUAACGCUCUAAUGUGUGGUGAUUG